AUGUCUAUUGAAAAUUACACUGCAGUGUCCGAAUUCAUCCUCCUGGGUUUUGCAGAAAAUCCCAAACUGAAAGUUCCAAUUUUUAUAUUUUUCUUACUAAUCUAUUUUAUCACAGUGGUAAGUAAUUUGGGCAUGAUUUUGCUGAUCAGAAUGGACACUCAGCUUCAUACACCCAUGUACUUUUUCCUCAGUAACUUGGCUUUCAUAGAUUUUUGUUAUUCCUCCAAUAUUAUCCCCAAAGCCUUGGAAAAUUUCCUGGCAGAGAAGAAAACAAUUUCCUUUGCAGGAUGCAUCAUCCAGAUUUAUUUCUUUGUUGCUCUCGCAAGUACAGAAAUCAUUCUUUUUGGGUUGAUGGCAUAUGACCGUUACGUGGCCAUCUGCAACCCUUUGCUGUAUCCUUCCCUCAUGUCCCAUGCCCAAUGCUUCAAAAUGGCAGGAGGAGCCUUCACAGCUGGCUUCUUGAACUCCAUUAUUCAUACCACUCUGGUAGGUACUUUAUCUUUCUGCCACUCUAAUGAAAUCAACCAUUUCUUCUGCGAAAUCCCCCAACUCCUCAAACUCUCGUGUUCCAAAACCUUUUUAACUGAAAUACUUAUUUUUGUUUGUGCUGGAAUUAAUAUGCUGGGCUCUCUCCUGAUAAUACUGAGCUCAUAUAUACAUAUCCUUGCCACAAUAUUUAAGAUGAAUUCAGUGGUUGGCCGUCAAAAAGCUUUCUCUACUUGUAUUUCUCAUUUGAUUGCGGUCUUCAUAUUUUAUGGAACAGGCCUCUUUAUAUACUUGCAACCCAGUUCAAACUAUUCAGAGGAUCAGAAUAAAACUGUUUCUUUGUUUUAUGCCUUCAUCAUCCCAAUGCUGAACCCUUUAAUCUACAGUCUGAGAAACAAGGAGGUGAAGGAUUCACUGAAGAGAACAAUGGAUAGAAAUCUAUUUUUUUUGUUUCUGAGACUUAAACAGUGA